CAAGCCUUAACUUCACAACUCCAUGAUCAAAUUGAGGGGUGUUAGUUUCUUCUUCUUUUCUAUUUCUAACUUGGGGGUUUGGACGGGGAUGGAUGGGGGCUCUCUGCACUUCAAUGUUAAGGAGGAGGUUUUUGACUUUUGUCCUUCCCUCUACCCCUCUCUCCUAUUUAACCUUAACCCAUUGAACUCCAUACCUACCGCCCUCCAGUCUCUGCAGAUCCAUUGAUGGGUGGAUACAGCAUCUUGAUGUUAUUUAGGAGCAGUACUAGGGGCACUCGCCGCCUGCACUCUCCGGCCAACAUAUGCCUUUUUAUUGGGGCCACGUUAGCUUGCUUUUAAGGGUAUGAGAUGCAACGUCUUCGAACCGAAACAACGUGGCCCAAGUCGGGGAGUGCAAUUGGCGAGUGCCCCUAGUAUUGUUCGUUAUUUAGAUAUUUGUUUGUUUUGAUUUCGGAAGAGUAGGGUUUUUGGGAGCUCCCUUCGAUUCAAAACGAGGAGGGGGAGAGAGGGUGGAUGCAGCUGCUGGCUCAUGGAUACCUGUGAGAUGCGCAGGGACGAUCGCGCAGCUCAGGGGUUUGCAUGAAUCUGCAGACGUGCUUGCCUCCUCCCUUCUUUGCUUGGAUUGAAGGGAGCUCCAGGAUUUUUUUUUCUCUUUCUUUUUAUGCUGAAGAUAUACCUUUCUUUCCUUUUUAAUUAAUUUCCACUAUUAUAUUUUUAUUGUAGUUUUAUAUGAGUAUUGAUGCACUAAUCUCUUCCAUACGUGUAAGUUUGAGUGUGUGUUGUUUUGGUUUUUUUUUUUGGGGUGGACUUGUUAUGGUUGCAGGAUUUGAAGAUGCUGUCAAAAGGAGUAAAAUAGGUCUCUUCGAUCGGAUUUUAGGGAAGUUCUGCAACUCAUAUACUUCAUGGCAUGACCCAAAACAUAGGACUUGUAUCAGAAGAACUGGGAAGAGAUUCAUUGUUUCUUUGCCUUUCAUGAUCUCCACAUGGGUAAUGACUCCCCUGUACUGGAUUGUAAAAUAAGUAGGGUUAGAUAGUAAAGUCUCAAUAUUUGGAGGACUGUAUUUCAUCGAAAAGUUUUAUUUAAUAAUGUAUAUUUUGUAAUAAUUUAUAUAUUAUAAU